AUGAUUGCAGGCUAGAUUAUUGAAUUCUUUUGGUUAAUGAGUAGUUUAGUAUUAUUUGGAUAUGCAAUAUUAUCAAAAUACAAAUGGAAAGAGAAUAUACAUUAGAAUCGGAAAAUUAGAAUGAAUAGCUAUAAAUCAUAGAAUUUACCAAGAAAUUAAUUUGUGAUUGAAGGUGAGAUAUAUUAUGUAAUUAUUAGAGGCAGAAGAAUAAUAGUAAUGUAAAAGUGAAGAGGAUCUUUCAUAGCAAUAGUAAUAAUAGAUUGAGGUAAUAAAUUGAAAUGAAUAGUAUAAGAAUUAAUCAAUAGCAUAAAUUAUAAGACCAAAAGUAAAUUAUUUGAUUAAUGUUCAUUUUGUAUUAUCAUCUGUAGGAAUAAUAAAUAUAAUAAAUGGAGGAGAUAAUAUAUUUUUAUUAGUCAUGGUAAUCUUAUACCUGAUUAGUACAAUUUUAAUUAUUGCCAAGUUAAGUAUGAAAUGGUUAUUCAUUCCAUAACUUAUGAUUUUGGCCAUGAUGAUAAACUACUUGAUAGUUAUAUGA